AUGCUUUCCUCUGGCCACACUGACACCGAACCACUGUCGGCAUCUCUUAGCGCGAUGUUGGACACAAAUACGUGUCCUGCCUCGGGCUCUGUCAUCUCAUCAUCCAACGAGACGCCUCCCGCGGAGACAACAUAUGCGGCUGAGCCGCCAGUGCCGAUAUCGUCUAACGAAGACUCGCUGGGAGAGAGUGUCGAUUGGACCGUCGGCCGGGGGGUGCAAGCAGUAUCUACGACGACGUCGCUGCGACAUAGUCCUCCAAACUCGGUCGCCUUCCCCAUCUAUCGCAAUCUGCAGGUGAUGGCCCGUUCUAAUUACUCCGAACAUAUCCAUGCAUACGAGAUGUGCGCCGUGACCGGCUAUUUGGGCGCCAGACAAAAUCCCGAUCUGAGCAGUCUCAAUCGAAUGGUCUCCAGCCUCGUCUCGGCUUUCAUUAAGGUCGCCUGGGGCGGCAUGGAAUCGUGGAUCCAAUGGACCAACGGAAAAGACACGCUGACCAAACUUGCGGCGUGGCGUAUCUCCCCAGGCCCAGAGACGUUCGCAGCCAUACCGCCGUCGAUGCAGCCGACGCCGCUGCAGACGGCGGUGCCUCAUCCGCCCGUCAUCGACUGGUGCGUCUUCUCCUUCCUCCGGGACAAGCUGAUCCAGUACCACUCUGCGGACCCGGCGCUGGACGACAUCUGCGGCGACAUCGGGCUGGCGUACGUUGUGCAGGCGGACCUGUCGGAAUUCGUGCUCGGGGCCGAGCCGCUGACGGUCUACUUCAACAUCCACGACAUCAUAUCCGGCAUGGAGAGGAAUCCUACGUGGCUCACUUCUAACAUUGGGCCCAAGCCCGAGGUCAAACUGCCCGCCCCGGACCUCUACACGCUCCUGCACUCGCGCGAGUACGCGCACGAGAUGCACCGCCGGCUCAAGAUCGGCCAGGGCGUCGAAGAGUACCUGCUCGACCCGGCCCUGUUCGUCAAGUACCCGCACCUGUACGAGCCGAGUCUCAAGGUCGCCCAGGGCGUGCCGCUCAGGUCGCGCAACAACAUCUCCUGGCCUGCGCCCCGACCCCUCGACGACGUCGCCAUGAGCUGGUACCGCAAGUGUGCGUCGUAUCAGGACGGUCAGGUGCCAGCGCCGGUGCCAGCGAGGGCAUAUCAUCGACACGUUCUGGAGGAGGGCUAA